AUGUGGCGAUUCGUUUUCGGAUACCUCGCUCGCUUCAUGCCUGGCUUCUUGCCUGGCUUCCUGCCUGCCUGGCUGAUUUGGCGCAGGCCGGCCGACGACGAAGACACUGACACCGACACCGACAGCCACGAUGACGACGACCAGAGCCACAGCGACGCUGACAACCACGAUGACGACGACCAGAACCACGGUGACAAUGACAGCGUCGCGAGCGAGGAUCGCCCUGUCUUUGGUCCUCAUCUGCCGCGCGGAAAGAAGCGCCCGCUGAUCUUGCGCGACCCCAACUGCCACUACCACGGCAUAGAAGCUACGAAGCCCACUGAGGAGGAGAUCCGCUACAUGUGGGCCAUCCACAAAGAUAGACUCAAAGAUGAUGCACGCCGCGCCGAAGAAAAUAAGCGCAAAGAGCAGCGCAUCAAGGAGCGCGAGGAACGCCAGCGCCAGGAACAGGAGCGCGAAGACCAGCAGCUCGGAGUCCAGCAGCGCAAUGAACAGCAGCACGACGACCAGAAGCGCGACAUCCAGCAGAAGCGCGACGGCCAGCAGAAGCGCGACGGCCAGCAGAAGCGCGACGGCCAGCAGCGCCAGAACCAGCAGCUCCAGAACCAGCACCUCCAGAGCCAGCAGCUCCAGGACCAGCAGCGCAACGAGCAGCAGCGCCAGACACUAUCCACGCUCGCCUCCAGGCUCGGCCUCGACCAGAACGCCAGCGCCGACGUCACCCCCGCCGACUUCAACGCCUUCGUCGAGAGGAUCGACGACAUACAAGCAUCCCACACCCACAAUCCCGUUAUAAACGACAGCCUGACGCAGCUCCGACAGAUCUGCGUCAACAUCCGCGACGGCCACAUGACCAGCCCUCCCGAGGCCAACCGCCUGAUCGAGAAUGUUCGCAACACCGUUAAUACCGUAACCGGUGGUAAUAACGGCAGUGGUGGUGGUCCUCCUCUUCCUCCGCCGCCUCGCCCACCCCGUCCCGAUGCCGACCCCGCCGCAAUUGAGGCGUAUCGCAAUGCUUUCCGCGAGCGGAUUGCGCGCUGGAAUGCGGAUGUGCAAGUCGAAGCCCCCACCCCUCGUGAUCUCCACCAGUCCCUGCGCCAGCAGCAGCAGCAGCGUGCGAACAACCCUGGUGGCGGCCCGGAGAUGUCAAGGAAGGAGAGGAGGGAGGAAGCGAAGGCGAGGCAGAAGGAGGAGAAGAAGGAGAGGAAGAAGGAGGCGAGGGAGAAGAAGGAGAAGGAGGCCGCCGAGGAGAAGAAGGCCCAGAAGAAGAAGCUCCAGGAGAAGGCCGUGUAA